AUGGGUGGCACCACGCUUCAAUCGUACAACUCCUUUGAUACUUCAACUGAGGCCGAUUUGAUCGGGUACACCGAGCAUGACGGCCCAUGUGGCUUGGUCUUCCUAGAGACCGGGUAUCCGUUCCCCACCAAUCUCAGCAGCCGGCGCUUAGACACACUCCGCCACCGUAUAUUACAGAGCUACAUGCGGUUCCUCGCUGGGCCAUACCCCAACUCGGGGGGAUUAAGGGUCAUUGACAUGGAAGCCGGACCUGAAGCGAAUUGGGCAACAGAUUUCGCUAUAGCGAAUCCUAAUUCGACCGUCGAGGCUAUUGACAUAGUCCCCAUUGUUAACGACAAACUGCCUACAAAUCUGGAGUUCCGUCUUGACGAUGCCGAAGUCGAGCUGGUUAAGCACUACGAUGUUAUACAUUUGCGCAACUUCUAUCCGAAAUGCUGGCGCGCCGCGCUAUAG